AAAAAAAAAGGCACUAACCACUAACCCCACCACCAAAUCUUUCCCUUCUGCGAACCGAUGAUAACAUUGGUAAAAACCGCCGCCUCAACGCCCCUUUAUCGUGUCUCUUGACGCCAUUUCUCGGUCCACGUCGCGUGAACUCGCCUCGUUCGAUGGCUGAACACCAAAAAAAAAAAAUUCAAAUUGAAUCAAGAUAGCGUCGUUGGACUCUUGGGUCCCUAUGCCGCAAUCGUACAGCAAACCGUCUCCCAUCUGCCCAUAAUCUCGUCGGCCUAGACCUGGCUCUAAUUUCAACACGGCCUAGACUGGGGAGAUUACUGAAAGCAACUUCAUGUUCUAGACUGCGAGACUUCGAACGGCAUUUUUCUUGUCGUCGGCUUUUCUUUUACGUGUUUACAGGCGAUUACGCGGAAAAAAAUCUCAAUAGUGCCCCGUAUAUCAAUCAUCGCAGGUCGAUGGUUGAUCGCCCGGGCUGUUGAGCAUCAUCGGUCAAAAUGGCGUUUUCAUGGGGAUCGCAGUUCACCGGGUCCAAACUUUUGUUCUACUCCACCUUCUGGGCUUUUCACAUUGCAAUAUUUGCGAUCGGAUGGUGGCAGCAAGUGACAAACCCCAAGUUGUCAACACUCAACGCCCUGGGCUAUUCCGUAUGGAUCUCCAGAGCCGCAGGGCUCGUUCUCACCUGCGAUGGGGCCUUGAUCUUAUUUCCCAUGUGCCGGAAUAUCAUCAAGACAGUCCGACCACGCGUGCGAUGGAUGCCGCUCGAUGAGACGGUCUGGUUCCAUCGUCAAGUGGCAUAUGCGAUGCUCCUCUUCACCAUCCUCCACGUCGCCUCCCACUAUGUCAACUUUUUCAACAUCGAAAAAGAUCAACUCCGCCCGGUGACGGCCGUUCAGAUCCACUUCACCCAGGCGGGUGGAAUCACCGGUCAUGUCAUGCUUCUCUGUAUGAUGCUGAUGUACACCACCGCGCACCGGCGCAUCCGACAGCAGUCUUUCGAGACCUUCUGGUAUACGCACCAUCUGUUCAUCCCAUUCAUGCUCGCCCUGUACACGCACGCCACGGGGUGCUUUGUCCGCGACACCGCCAAUCCGAUCUCGCCGUUCGCGGGGAAGGACUUUUGGGACCAUUGCAUUGGGUAUGAGGGGUGGCGAUGGGAGCUUGUGGGCGGUGGACUCUACCUUCUCGAGCGACUUUAUCGCGAGAUUAGGGCUCGUCGUGCCACCGUCAUUACCAAAGUAAUCCGUCAUCCGUACGAUGCAAUGGAGGUCCAAUUUUGCAAAGACAGCAUGAAGUACAAGGCCGGGCAGUGGCUCUUCAUCCAAGUCCCCGAGGUCUCCAGCAACCAGUGGCACCCGUUCACCAUUACCUCGUGUCCCUUCGAUCCGUACAUCAGCAUCCACGUCCGCCAGGUCGGGGAUUUUACGCGGGCUCUUGGAGACGCUUUAGGAUGCGGACCCGCGCAGGCCAGAGACCUCGAAGGGCUCGACCCCCUCGGCAUGUAUGAAGUCGCUCUCGAAAACGGACAGAAGAUGCCCAAACUCCGCGUCGACGGGCCUUACGGAGCGCCCGCCGAAGACGUCUUCGAGAACGAAAUUGCCGUCUUGAUCGGCACCGGCAUCGGAGUGACGCCGUGGGCGUCUAUCUUGAAAAACAUCUGGCACCUGCGGUCCGGUCCCAACCCUCCACGACGUCUGCGCCGUGUCGAGUUCAUCUGGGUGUGCAAGGAUACGUCGUCCUUUGAAUGGUUCCAAGCACUGCUCUCCUCGCUAGAAUCCCAGUCCGCGUCGACAGCCGCCAGUCAAGGCAGCGCCGAGUUCUUGCGCAUCCACACAUACCUCACGCAACGUCUGGACCCCGACACAGCCGCCAACAUCUACCUCAACUCGGUGGGCCAGGAGGUCGACCCACUGACGGAGCUGCGCAGUCGCACCAACUUCGGUCGCCCGGAUUUCACCCGCUUGUUCACGGCCAUGCGAGACGGUUUGCACGAUCAGACGUACAUGUCUGGAUUGCAUGGGGCUUUGACUACCGAGAUUGGAGUGUACUUUUGCGGGCCUAAUUCGGCGGCUCGACAGAUUCGUGAAGCUACCUCGAAAGCCUCAACGAGGGAUGUGAAGUUCAAGUUCUGGAAGGAGCACUUUUGAUGAUUUACCAUCUAUUCUUUAUGAUUCACGAUUUUCUAGUCUUUUCUUUCCUCUUGUUUUGUUCUUCUUUCCUGGAUCUGCAUGUGGGGUGUCCUGGGGAGUGUUUGUAUGAUGCGAUAUCUUGUACUAUAAAAUAUGAUUUAUAUAUCUUCG